AUGGGCCAGGUGUGCAACCAGGCUCCGAAUGCACACUGUAUCUACACCCCACCAGCUGAGGGGCUCUUCCAACGCCGCGCGCCUGCAGUGCACGUCGAUCGUGGCUCGCUCCUCUCGCAGGAGCCCGAUGCGAUUGGUUCUAGUGAGCUCAGCCCACAAUUCAGUGAUUCCAGCACUGACUCCCUCUCAACCUGUCCUACCUCCUUCGCUCGCUCGCCCGCGCAGUCACCUACCUCUUCAACGACGAGACUAGCGGCACGCUCGUGCUCAACUGUGCAGUAGACAAGGGAGUCGGGGUAAACAAUAUCAGCUUCUUGUUCAACCGCGACAUGUCGAGUAUCACGCAUGAGGGCAACUCGACGGGAUCGGCCACGAUUGGAUUCAAUGAUGAUGCAGGAGAGC